AUGGCUAAGCAAGAUAGAAUGAUGUGGAUCACUUGCAUAUCCAUCCAGACUCACAACACAGAAACCAAAAGGCUCCACCUCCACACAACCGCUCGACUUUCACCGACUACUACAGCCCAUCCCCAGCACCAAAAAAGUCAAAGCGGCCACCGCCAACCCUGUGCACACGGGCACGCCCGACCCUCGGCUGGCCCCAUUCCUCUUUGGCAGCUCCUUAGGCAGCGCACACUCUUCUCCAUUAAAAAACACCUUAGUCGGGAUUUGGUCUCGUUCAUGGUUUUCGGGAGGAGGGUGCCGUUGUUGCAGCAGGAGGGGAGUCGGCCGAUUUUGUCGUCGUUGGCGGAUUCGGGCGGGAGGUCGGUGAUGACGGGGCGUUUUUCACAGGUGACGGCGGUGGAGAAGUCGAAGUCCUUGUAG